AACUACAUAUUAAAUGGUUGUGUUAACGUGGUUUACUUAGGCUAUUUGACCAUGUAGGCACAGUCAGUCCUUUUGCGUUUUAAUCUUGAAAUUGCUUAUUGAUCUCCACCAAUAUACCGUUGGCCUACUUUAGAAAACGAGGGAUGAUUUUAGGGUCGUUACAUAUUGUUUUGGUGUGCGGCUUGAGAAAACAAUACCUUACAUUUAUGGAUUUCAGUCUUGUGCAGCUUAUAUAUAUAUAUAUAAGGCUACAUACAAGUUUCAUUUAUUUGGCGUUGGAGCAUAAACCUAAGCUUUAAGAUCUAAUUGUCCCCGCGCCAAAUAGCCUACACCCUACUCGCGAAAUGGGGACGGGCAGAUUCAUCGAUCGACGGAGGCAAAUGUGUUUGAUCUGUGCACGUACCCGCACUGUUAGCGCAAGCCUACUAGUUUGGCACGAGUGAAUUGUGUGUGUGUAUGUAUUUGUGUGUGUGUGUGUAUAUAUAUGUAUGUGUGUAUAAUUGUUUUCCUUUUUAACUAGGCAAAUCAGUUAAGAUUCUUACCUACAAUGAUGGCCAAACCCGGACAAUGCUGGGCCAAUUGUGCGCUGCACUAUGGGACUCCGGAACACAGCCGGUUGUGUAACAGCCUGGACAUGCUUCUUAGAACUAAUUUACAUCAGGGGCGCAGAAGUGAGGGUGAAAUAAACUGGCACGGGGUCCUCCACCAGUUUUUUUGUGUGUGGAUCUAUAGCUCACUAUACUAGGGCUGUCCUUGACCAAAAAAAAUCUUGUUCAACCAAGAAUAGCCUUUUUUUAUGACCAAUCGAUAAAUCCAAGUGUUAAGUUUUUCCAUAAUCAACUGUAUUUACUCAACUAGUCAGAUGCUCAGAUGCACGCUGUUUGAUUUUUUUUUAAAGGUCAAUUUAGCCUAACCAGAAUAAAUAAAACAUUUUCCCGACCCUCCUGCUGCUGCUGGCCUUCACAGAUUCUGCAGGUUUGAAAAUGGCCCUAGAUCGUAAGCUGUUUGGUCAACAUGUUGCCUCCAGAGUCAUCCAGAAAGCUGUAACGGGUUUCAUGAACAAUAAAAAUCCUAAAAAGCCCCUGGUGCUCUCUCUACAUGGCUGGACUGGCACAGGGAAGAACUUCGCCAGCCAGUUGAUAGCUGAAAACAUCUACAAGGAGGGCAUGGCUAGCAGUUGCGUCCAUCAGUUUGGGACUACUCACUUCCUUCUUUCGAGUCAGCUUGAGAACUACAAGUCUCAACUGCAGCAGUGGUUCAAAGACAACGUCACCAACUGCCCACGUUCCAUGUUCAUCUUUAAAUGGAUGGACCAGAUGCACCCUGGCCUGAUCGACUGUAUAAAGCCCUACCUGGGUUACUACGAAUAUCUGGACGGGGUCUCCUACCGCCAAGCCAUCUUCAUCUUCCUCAGCAAUGCUGGAGGAGAGCAAAUCACACAGGUGGCCCUGGACUUCUGGAAAGCAGGUCGAGACAGAGAGGAGAUAAAAUUGCAACACUUAGAACCAGCUCUCUCCCUGUCCGUGUUCAACAACAAGAAGAGUGGGUUGUGGCACACUAGGCUGAUAGACAAGAACCUAGUUGACUUCUUCAUCCCUUUCCUGCCUCUGGAGUACAGACACGUGCUGCUGUGUGGCAUGGCAGAGAUGUCCGCCAAAGGCCUGGAGCCCGACCAGGAUGUGGUCGACCAGAUGGCCAAAGACAUGGUCUAUUUCCCAAAGAGUGAGAAGAUCUUCUCCUUGAUGGGCUGCAAGACCAUCAGUGUCAAGCUAGAUUACUACACAUAGUGCGUGUUUGAGAUCGACUACGUUGCUGCCGGCGGCUGCAGACUGACCAAUCUAAUCAUAAUGAGUAGUAAUUUAGGAUGAAAAGUGGUUUGUAGGUCUGAUCAGUCGGUCUGCAGUUGCUGACAGCAGAGUAUACCAUCUCAGAGGGAACAGCUACCGUUUCCAUCAACCACCUAUUCUACUGUGUGCAAUUUCUUAAUGAGAACAUCUCUUCCAGUCGGAGUGAGGAAGUCAGUGACUGAACUCAAAGGGGAUGAUGACCCGCCCAUCAGGUCUCCCAACAUCAGCUGUGCCUUAGUUGGCAUACUGUCCCCGGUCUAAACAAUGCACAAAAUAAUUACAGGAAGGAAGGUUCAUAAUUUUUAAUUAAAAUGUUUUUACAUGGGAAAAA